AUGACUCCCUCAAUCGAAGCAACCAACGGCGACACCAUCACCGUCGCCACAAAAGCCAAUGGCUCCGUACAGACCACAGAAGUCGAAACAGGUAGCAGUACCCCCGUCGAGCCCGGCGCACAAACACCAGACACAUUUGACAAUGAGGUCGCUAUCCGUCCGACCGCCGCCGACGAAGUUCCCGACCUUCUGAAAAAGGUCACCUCCUUUGGAGAGGCAUAUGCAAAGAGUGCAGAUGAGGAUACCCGUGCCGAGUUCCUGGAUACCGCGCGCUCUCUUGUGUAUGCGCUGGAGACGCCGCGCGAGGCGAUGAUCAGAUACUGUUGGUCGCAGAGCACAAUCUACGCCGCCAUCGAGACCUGCGUUGACCUCGGCGUCUUCCCCGUCCUCUCCAAGGACGAUACGCCAAAGACAGCGACGGAGCUGGCUGAAGCUACCAACGCAGACCCUGCUAUGCUCGCCCGCCUCCUCAAACACCUCGCCGCAAUGGGCGUGAUCAAGGAGACAGGUCCAGACACCUAUAAACGCAACGGCUUCUCCACCUCCCUCGGCGCAAAGCGCUACAGCGAUGCGUAUCCUUGCAUGACCGGCUGCAUCACAUUCGGCCUGACCUCCCUCCCCGCACACCUCAAGAAAACCGGCUACGCAAACCCCAGUAACGGGCACGCCGCAGCCUUCCAAGACGGCUACAACACAACCUCCCACUUCUUCGAAUACCUGCAGACCCACCCCGCGCACGCGGAGCAGUUCAAUAACCACAUGACAGCCUACCACCAGGGCCGGCCGAGCUGGAUGGAUGUUGGAUUCUAUCCGGUGCCGGAGUUGGCGCAGGGUGUCGCAGCAGAAGAUGUUCUACUGGUUGAUGUGGGUGGGGGUGUUGGACAUGAUCUUGCGGAGUUCCGACGCAAGUGGCCGGGGGUGACCGGGAGACUUGUCUUGCAGGAUUUGGGGGAUGUUAUCGAGCAGGCGAGGGUCAUGAAUCGGGAGACGGAGAGGGGGGUUGAGGCGACUGUGCAUGAUUUCUUCACGGAGCAGCCUGUUAAGGGAGCACGAGCCUACUACAUGCACUCCGUCCUCCAUGACUGGACAGACGCCGACUGCCGCCGGAUCCUCUCCAACCUCGUGCCGGCCAUGAAGCGCGGGUACAGCAAGAUCCUGAUCAACGAGAACGUGAUCCCGAGCACAAAUGCGUACUGGGAGACGACGAGUCUGGAUAUCAUCAUGAUGGCCGACUUUGCGUCGCAGGAGCGCACGGAGACGCAGUGGCGAGCGCUGGUUGAGUCUGUUGGACUGAGGAUUAUCAAGAUUUGGACGGUGCGCAGGGGGGUGGAGAGUUUGAUUGAGUGUGAGCUUGCUUAG